AUGCCGUCUUUUAAACCUUUCGCCUCGGUGACGGGGCGAAACUCUUAUAGUCUUUUUGACAUUCGCUUGGACAGCGAUUUUAUCGUUUUCCGUGGAAGCGAUCAUGAAUCUUCUGGACAAAUUCUGAAAGGCACAUUAGUUUUGUGUCUUCAGUCAUCGCUCAAGAUUGAAGAUGUCCGACUGAGACUCGUCGGAACUCUACGUCAUGUCUGGGCUGAUCCCCGAGGAACCGCUCCCGGCGUUUCGGGACAAAAAGUUGACAAGACGACGACGAUCCUCGAGCACCGAUGGGCACCUUUCAUUGGCACACACGGCAGAAGCAUGACUCUCCCCGCAGGCAACUACGAAUGGCCUUUCGAGUACAUGCUGCCGGGCAACAUGGCUGAAAGUGUCGAGGGAAUCCCCGAGGCAUCUAUUACUUACAGACUGAGAGCGACUGUCGGACGUGGAAAGUUGGCAUACGAUCUACACGCAAACAAGCACCUUCGAAUAAUCCGAACACUAGAGCCAGGUGCUUUGGAAUUCCUACACGCCAUGAGCGUAGAGAACAUCUGGCCCAACAAGGUCGAUUACUCAAUUAUUAUUCCUCAAAAGGCUGUGGUGUUUGGAGGGUUGGUCACGAUGGAGAUGCGAUUUACACCCCUUCUCAAAGGUCUCGAGUUAGGAGAUAUCACAGCAAGAUUGAUGGAGGUCCGUGAAUGCUACGUUCAAGCAUCCUCUUCCGGUCACGGCACAAGAGAGCACCGAACAGAACGCGAGGUGGCACUGUGGAAGUUUGCAGCAUCGAGGGAAGAGCAUUGGCAAGACAUGAUCGAGGACACUGGCCAAGAAGGCUGGGCGUUGACCAAGAAGCUUAACCUUCCCAAGAGAUUGCGCCAGUGCAUUCAAGACUUGAACCAUCAUGGCAUCAAGGUCCGACACAAGAUCAAGCUGACCGUUGCUCUCUGCAACCCUGACGGCCAUAUCUCUGAGCUUCGAGCAACACUACCAGUAUCCAUCUUUAUCUCCCCUAACAUGCCCCUCGAUGAGGAAGGCAACCUUGUUGACCAGUCACCUACCACACCCAACAACGAGCGAGAACUUUCCACAAUAGCCCCUCCCGGAUAUGGCGAGCACGUCCUCGACCAGCUAUACGAAAAUGUUGAUGUUAGCGGUUUCCAGACGCCUGGAUUCCAAUCAGGUGUCAGUAGUCCUUUCUACGCACAGUCACGAGCUGGCUCGAAUGAAAAUCUUGCAGCACUUGCACACAGUCGACCUGUUGCACCGGCAGCACUUUCAUCCCGACUGGCCAAUGUCUCACUAGACCCCUCUCAGCGAACAUCUUCCUACACAUCAUUGCAUUCAGCAGGUUCACCAGGGUUCAUGUCCCCCACAUCAGCACCCCAGUACCAAGCUCCGCGAUCGGAGCCCGUAACUGCGGCGCUCACCAGGACGAACAGCUCUGAAGAUUCAUCACGGAACUCGGCGGAACAUGUUGAUCUCGACGCCACCGAUUUGGCCGAGUUGAGCAAGGUGCCCAGUUACCAGACAGCUGUUAAGACCCCAGCCCGCUCGCGUGCUGGUACUGGUGAUUUGCUUCUACCCGAUUAUCAAACAGCGCUCAGCGCUCCCCGAACACCGCCUGCUACUGACCUUGCACCGGACCCUCUGGGCACAAUCUCGGAGGAUCAGGAUGGCGAGGAUCACACUCAACAUAUCUCACGCCCGGCCAGCUGGAUCGCCGGUGGCCGUGCUUAUACUGAUGAUCUUGCAUCAUAUCGAAGGUCACAGAACCGCAACCAGGUUUUCUAA